ACAAUUGUUUGGCUGUCGAGUCGCUUUUCUGAAGAUUUCACGUCGAUCUUUAGUAUCUUUGUCUUCCAGAGAUCGAUUCGUUCCUGUACUGAAGUAGAAGAGUCCUGCCUUCUCUUUGUCUUUGCCGCUGCCAUGGGGAAUUUUGCGUCACUUCUCCCAGAUGAAUCAGUAAUAGAGUGUAUUGACUUGGUGGAAGGUCAGUUCUAUGGCCUGGAAGGACCGCACAUGUUCUUGGGAUUUGAGGCGUUCCACCAGAGGACGGAGAGACACAUUAGACCGGCAAGAGAGGACGAGUCACUGGAGAGCCCGUCAUGAAGCCGGAAGACGUGGCCACUCAGCAGACCUAAGCCAAGACUGGCCUGAGCUGGAUUUCCUGCAGAGACUGCCACAGUUCCCCUUCCCCAUCCCCUCCCUUGCAGAAGUUGGAAGUACUGGGCCUCAUCGUGGCGCAAGGGUGAACACCCUGUUCAAACCACAAGACACAUGUCCUGCUGAAACAGGAGCAGACUGUGUGGAGAGGUUUGAGCUGGGUGGCCAACACAGUACUACGCUCACCAGUGUGAAGGAUGAAUGGAGAGGGAGAGGAAGGCAGCAACCCCCUCCUCCUUUAGAUCUGUCCCUUCCUCAACAAACUUGCGGAAACUUUCACCGCCAACGUCUACCCCCACCAUCAACAUGUCUGUCGACAAAGGCGUGUUGGCGUGGAGUGGCAGUCUCAAGUCUCAGCUACCCAGUGUACUGCCCAGACAAGCCAGCACAAGGGGCCUGUCCCGAAAAAUGCUGUUUUGAGAAAAUCGAAGCUUGCAUGCCUAGCCCGGAGGUGGGAGCCAACAAACUCGCUCGUGGUACUAUCUGCCGACGUUUUCUAAACUUGGACUGUGUCUGUGCGGGGGGAAAGAGGAAGAGAGACAGCAACGGAUGCAUCUCCUGUCACUGUCCAGACCCCAUAUGGGACUUGGGCCACAAAUUAAUUGGGAAGAAAUAAAAAGUUAAAUUAGUCCUCUCCGACAUGGCAUCUAUAAAAUUAGACCCCCCCCCGCAAAAAAGGAGAAUGCUUGACUUCGACGCUUGGCGUAGAUGACGGAUUCUUUCUCUAUUUCUCUUCCAUAACAGACGAAGUACAUCAUGUUUGUCUUGAACGAGAAGAAAAUAAAGGGAAUUCACUUAGA